AAACCAGUGAGAAGCUAAAAUUUUGAUAAAAUGUUGGAGAUUACUGAGAUUUUUAUAGCUCUAGUAGUGUGUCUCCUGAUUUUGCAGUUCCUCAAGCUGCAAUGGAUGCGUACCCAGCUUCCUCCAGGACCAGUUCCCCUCCCCAUCAUUGGAAAUUUGUGGCUGCUGGACUUCAAACUACGCCGAGAAACUCUCAGUGAGUUAACCAACAUCUAUGGAAACAUCUACACACUGUGGAUGGGACAGACACCUCUGGUUGUGCUGAAUGGAUACAAAGCAGUAAAAGAUGGCAUUGUCACCCACUCAGAAGAAGUUUCUGGAAGACCUCUCACCCCUUUCUACAGGGAUAUGAUGGGCGAGAAAGGUAUUUUCCUGACAAAUGGCCACACCUGGAAGCAGCAGAGACGCUUUGGCAUGACAAUUAUAAGAAGUCUGGCACUUGGUAAGAACAAUCUGGAGCAUCAAAUUCAAAGAGAGGCCUCUCACCUUGUGGAUAUCUUCACAAAUACAGAAGGCAAACCUUUUGACCCCCACACUUCCAUCGUCCAUGCAAUUGCAAAUAUCAUUUGUGCUGUUGUUUUCGGUCAUUGCUUCUCCAGUGAAGAUGAAUCUUUCAGCAAACUCAUCAAAGCUAUUUAUUCUGUGAUCUACUUUCAAGGUACUAUCUGGGGCAGGCUGUAUGAUGCUUUCCCAUGGCUCAUGCACCAUCUCCCAGGGCCUCAUCAGGAGGUGUUUGCAUACAACCACUUCAUGCACAGAUUAGUCAUGGAGGAGGUUGAGGCCCAUGAAAGACAGAACACAGGUGAUCCACAGGAUCUCAUUGACUUCUACCUGGCUCAAAUAACAAAAACCAAGGACGACCCUUCUUCUACAUUCAAUAAAGAAAAUAUGGUUCAGACUGUGGUUGAUCUUUUGCUGGGAGGGACAGAAACAACAAGCACCACCCUUCUCUGGGCACUGCUCUACAUGGUACAAUACCCAGAAAUACAAGAAAAGGUUCAAAGAGAGAUAGAGGCUGUUCUGGAACCCUCCCAUGUCAUCAGCUAUGAAGACCGUAAGCAGCUGCCCUACACAAACGCUGUGAUCCACGAGGCUCUCCGCUACAGCAACGUCACCUCCGUCGGUGUCCCUCGACAGUGCCUGAAGAGCACAACUCUGCUGAGUUUUCACAUUAAAAAGGGCACGCUUGUGUUGCCAAAUCUGCACUCUGUGGUGUAUGACACUGAGCACUGGGAAACCCCUUGGAAGUUCAACCCAGAUCAUUUCCUAGAUUUGGAUGGCAACUUUGUGAACAAAGAGGCAUUCUUACCUUUCUCAGCAGGGCACCGUGUAUGUUUGGGGGAACGGAUGGCACGAGUUGAACUGUUCAUCUUCUUUGCCAAUCUCCUUCGGGCAUUUACAUUCCAGCUCCCUGAGGGGGUGAAGGAAAUCAAUCUGGAGUACAUUUUGGGUGCAAUACUGCAGCCACAACCAUAUAAACUCUGUGCUAUUCCACGUUAG